AUGAGCAUUCUCGUACUGGGCCUACCACUCUUCCUAUCAGCAUAUUCACACUGCGCAUCUGGUAACCACUACUCCGAAUUUGCCAUAAUCCCACCACAAAUACAAGCGAAUUCUAGAGUUCAACUCAGAAAGCCUGGCAUUUCGCGUUAUAGCAUUUACGUGAAAAAUCGUACUAUUUGUCAUUUCGAAACCUCCGCAAUCCCUUGUGAAUGCGUGCUGGAGGUGUCCGACUCGUAUGUCCUCGAGGAGAAUGGGACUAAAAUUGCAAUGUUCUCUGCAGGACUGCCAGAUAUUCAGAUCGAAGUACCCUGCAAGCAUGAUUUGCUCCAAAAUUUGGAAGUACAUAUUACGGCUGGACUAUGCAUAGCUCAGGAAUUCAGAGUGCAACUUCUUUAUCGGGCUUUCGAAGUAUUUUCUAAAGCUGACUCGAAGGUAGUGGCAAAAACUUCCACAAUUUUGCACACCACCGCCGUCCGUAUCCCGUUUUCAUGCGAAAACUUUGCUAAUGCAGGCUUCUACAGCGUCCAACUCGUGAAUUCGUUUGGACACGUUAUUCAGGUAAUUAUUUUCUUCAGCUUUUAUUCUAGAGUCAGGAGUAGUAUCCCACGGGAGGUGAAAGAUAAUUACAUGCGCUGCUACGGUUUUAAACAAUCCAAUGGCAGAGAUGUGCAUCCGACAUCGAUUCAAACUCGGUUACUUGUUUUCAUCGUUCAGAGUGAGCAAUGGAUUCUCGUGAACGAAACAGCCAGUGUAUCAUUGCAACUACGAAACGAUAGCAUAUUUCCGCACUGCGUAAAGGAUUUCCCAAUCCAGUGGAAAACAGCUAAAUGUGACGCAGCCCGACUGAACUAUCGUCUCCGUGUCUCAGCUAUACCAGAAGGCAGCAUCAAUCAUGAAUAUCGUUCACAUUACAUCGAAGAAAUAAGCAUCACAUCAGAACAAGCGUCACUUAGCGUCGAAUGUUCUCAGUUCGACAUUUUCUAUGAAAAGUACUGUUUCGAGCUAGUUUCAGUAGAUGUCAUUUCGGAUACCUUUCAUCUCUGGAGGUCCAUUUGUGUGAGCACUGAACCAGUUUCUCGAACGGACGGCUCGUGGGGAAGUUGGUCAGCAUGGACAGACUGCUCGAAAACGUGUGGAACAUCAGUUCAGAAGCGCUAUCGGUUUUGUGAAAAUCCGAAGCCGGAACGAGGCAAGAACUGCAAAGGACAAGUGAUUGAAACUAGAGCAUGCAAAAGACCAAUGUGUCAAGGUGACUCUUUGCAUCUACAAGAAAGUGCACAAACGAGAAAUAACGUUCCUGUAUAUACGAUGAUGCUAAACUUGCGCAAAUAUUCAGAACGAAGACGCUCUAAAGAGCUGGAUAAUGUGCCUCCUACUGUGGAAAAUUGCACGUGUGGAUGCGAAAUGAGUGGAAGAUCAGGGUCUUUUUUCACAACAGCAGCAGACGCGCACUUGUGUAGUGGAAAUCGAACAUGGUCCAUGCGAAGUCCAAGCCACCCUGUCGUUUCCGAUUUUAAAAUCACCGCAGAUGUUCACGCUCUGGGGAAGCUAUUUUUCUUCAUUGGCUCGUCACUCGAGGAGUUGGUUUGGUUUUCUGGAUCGAAUCAGGACCAAGAAUUUACACUGCAAGUUGACCGACCUAUCUUCAUUGUGUUUUGGUAUAAGGGAAACAGUUCCUUGUUGCAACAACGUGAAGGCUUCACUGUAGCAUGGUAUUCAGAUGCGCCGACGCAUUUCCCUCUACGAGGCUCCACCAAAUUCUAUUCGCUGCAUUCCAAAAUGCUUGUCAUCUCCUCUUUAUUCAUUUCGUUUUUGCUGAUUAUUUUUAUCCCACCAUUUCUGUGUGCCACCAUCACCAAGAAACUGCGACAUCACAGCAUUCGCGAGAACUCAACAAUAGACAAAGUAUACAAUAGCGCGAUGAUCCAGUCUGGAAAUACAGAAACAACACAAGUAUAUGGAGAAAAGUCGACCGGUUUCAUAUCAAAGAAAAGUAUUGGAAUCCAGCUUAGUGUGCAAAAUACACCAAGGCUUUCUCGCGCCGGAGUGCAAGCCGAGUCGCCGCUACCGCGUGGAACUUCGUCGAUGUCGGCAUCAGAUGAGUUAGAGUACGAUUACUAUGAUGGUACCACUAUUCCUGGAUCACUUCUUGCACCUGUCAACAAUCAUAUGACGUCAAUAAUCGAUAUCGACCAAAUAAUAGGAGAAUCGUCAAUAUUCUCAAUUCGAGAUGAGAGUCAGAACGCACACACUCAAAUAUAA